AUGCCUUUGGGCUUUGAGCGCCUCAAUGAGCGCCAGCAGAGACCUAAUCAGCUCAUAAACUUCAUCAAGCCUCUGGAAGGACCCGACAAAGCUACGGCCGAAGAGUUCCUCUCACGAAUCGCCGCACAAUGCUAUCCCGUCAUGAAGAAGCACCACAUCUCAGUGAUGGCUCUCGAAGAGUACGCACCAAAUCCAGAAUUCCUCGGUCGCAACUUCAACGCCGGCGAGGUCAUUCAAUUAGUGCUCAAGGACAAGGCAGGAAGAUGGCUGUCCAUGAAGUUUGUACAGAUGGUGAUGAUGCAUGAAUUGGCACAUUGCAAGCAGAUGAACCACAGCCGCUUCUUCUGGAAUGUACGGAAUGAAUAUGCCAAGCAGAUGGAAGAGCUGUGGCGAGAGCAAUACAUGGGCGAAGGCAUGUGGGGACGUGGUAGAGGACUUGCCACCGGCAGCUUCGUGAAUGCAGCUCCUCCUGACCAAUCACUGAUACCUGAACACCUGUGUGGUGGAUCGUAUAGACGUCGGGGCAGGAAGAGAAAGCGUGGUGCUCAAGGCGACGAGGACAAUACGAAGCUGAGCUAUGCUGAGAGACAGCAACAGCGAAUUCAGCGCAAAUUUGGCAAGCAUGGCGAGGGUGAAUCUCUAGGCGAGGAUGAGCUUGUGCGAGGUGCUCUAUCGACUAUGAAUGGGGGAAAACGAGCUGCAGGAAAGCCGAGGGUGGCCAACAGUAAGCGCGGUAGAGAUUUGAGAGCCAAUGCUGCCUUGUUGAGAUUCGAAGCCGCAAAGAACCAGCAAAAGAAAGAGCAGACGCCUGAUUUGGUUGAAGAUCUGGACAGCGAGACAGAUUCUGAGUGGGAGGCCGACUCAGCAGCCGGCUCAGAGGACAGGUCAGUGGUCAUUAGCGAUGGGCAUGGACAUGAUUUGGUGAAGGUAUGCGGCGAUGGCGAGGACGAUGAAGAAGGUGCAGGCAGGGAGAUGGACGAAUUGCGAAUGUUGAGCAAGAAUCCAACAGCAAAGAAAAAGCAUGUGGUUGAUCUGGACGCUGAGACUGAAAGCGAAUCAGAGCAAGCACCUUCGAAUCCGAGAGAAAAGCCUGAUACUGUCAGCAGAUCUUCCAAGGCAGCGGCACCACCUGCUCGAGGAGAGGAAGGCCAUGAAGAUUCCGAGACAGAGGACGAUCCGCUCCAGGAAAUCGUUCCCAGUAAUACCGCAUCUCUACCCGACGAACCAACUCCGUCGUCCGCCUGCCCCAUCUGCUCUCUCGAAAACGCACCAAACUCAGUAACCUGCAUCGCCUGCUCCCACGUAUUAUGUCCGAAACUAAUGCCAAACCACUGGCGCUGCAAAAGCGAUCUCUGCAAAGGCAGUAAAUACAUCAAUGCGGGAGAUGCAGGUCGUUGCGGUCUAUGUGGCAGUCAAAAGCCCAAGCCGGCACUUUCUAGUGCUGCUACUGAGAGGCCCGUGGGUAUCACUCGUGCUGAAGUUUUGAGGUGGGAUUGA